GGGGCACUUCCGGCGCCGCCGCUCUUCCGGGCAGAAACGGGCUGGGUUGGCGUUGGAGUCUUCGGGAAUUCCUGACUGACUGACCCGCAGAGCCACCAUGGCGCCUGGCGGGGCCCGCGGGCCGACGCGGUGCUGGGGGCUGCCCCUCGGCAGCGCUGCGCUGCUCCUGCUGCUCAUCCCGGCGGUCGCCGCGCAGGAGCCGCCCGCAACGGGUUGUUCUCAGAACACAAACAGAACCUGUGAGGAGUGCCUGAAGAACGUCUCGUGCCUCUGGUGCAACAGUAACAAGGCAUGUUUGGACUACCCAGUUACAAAAAUCUUGCCACCUGGUUCUCUUUGUAAGUUGAGUUCUGCACGCUGGGGCGUUUGCUGGGUGAACUUUGAAGCAUUGAUUAUUACCAUGUCAGUGGUGGGGGCAGCUCUUCUUCUGGGUAUUGCUAUCUGCUGCUGCUGCUGCUGCCGGAGGAAAAGGGGUCGGAAACUGGACAAGAGUGACGAGAAGGCAAUGAGAGAGCAGGAAGAGCGGCGGAUGCGGCAGGAGGAGAGGCGAGCAGAGAUGAAGUCAAGACAUGAUGAAAUCAGAAAAAAAUAUGGUUUGUUUAAAGAAGAAAACCCAUAUGCUAGAUUUGAAAACAACUGACACACUCCAGAGCAAUCCAGAGCUGCGUGUGUGGCGCGCACCUUCCUCAGCAUGAUACAGCGGGGAGGCUCUAUCCUUGUCCAUCUCCUGACCUUGACACCGACCUUGACACUGUGCACCUGCCAGCCCUUUACAACUGGCUGCUUGGGGAGGUGCCUUGAAAGGACAAUCCGUCUCUUGUCCCUGAAAACUUCUGUUUCCUAUUAUCUCUAUUUCUGUAGUCACUUGGGACAGCAAACCUUUGGGGGUUUUGUUUUUGUUCUUUUGAGAAGGAAAUGUGCCUGUUCUACUACUGCUUGAUUUAUAAGCUCAUCGCAAACUAAGCAGCCUAACAGCACUAACUCACUGCUGCUGUUCAUUCUUCUAUCAGGCAGCAGAACUCUUGAGUUCCUUUGUGCCCACUAACAAGCUUCACACUCAAAGAAGCGUCACACAGUAACAAAUCAAAGUCAUUUUUACCUUUGUUGUGGGGAGAAUUCAUCAGUCCCUCAUCAUUUCCACAUAAAACCAGGAACAGCAUCUCUGUACCGUAUGUGUACGGCCUGGUGUGUUCAUCCCGUCUGCAUCUAUACCUGUGUUGACUCAGGUGGCUUUUGCUGAUGAUGUGUGGGGUUCCAACACACCUGGGGUUCUAGUAGGGACCCACCUCCUAGACUCAACUGUGUGGAAUGGCAUUAAGGAAUAUGUAAAAUCACCCUAAUUUUUUUUAUGAUUCACCCCCCCCCCCAAUUAAAAGUUCACAAAAAAACUUUCAUCUAAGUUACUGGACAAUUUUUAAAAUUUGUAUCUUUAACAGACCAUGAAAAUCUUUUUCCCAGUAGAAACUUGAAUUAUACAUGUGGUUUUCCAAGCUGUCUCUAAGGGGCUGUUGGCUGCUGUGUGCUAACUACAGGAGGAAGACGACCCUGUUGUGUCCAACCUGGGCAACACCCUCAGGGUCUGGCACAAGUCACAGAUCCCCGUGCCUGCCCAUCAGGCUGUCUGGGAUCAGUGCUGCGGGAGGUCUGCCCAAGGAGAGGGCAGGAGCUAUCCCGCAUGUCAGCCUUUCUAGGGAGGGCUAUGUGCCCUGGAUGCAGCAAGGGCUCCACCCAUAGCACCCAGCAGGCACUGGGUAAUGUCCUGCCCUGAGAGAUCACUCUGCUACUAGCGCUUUGGCCUGGACAACCCUUCAGAGUCAGCCUCUCUGAGAGCUCCCUGAUGGUACUCUGAGUGUCCGCCGUGGUGUGCAUGUCAUGUAAUGCAUUUCCUUAAAA